UCUGCGCUUGUCGGUGAAGGGUGUGCGUGCUUCUCGGCUCUAGAAUUUUCGUAUUUCGUUUUAAAGUUAAGAUUUAAGUUAUAUUCGCUAUAUUAAAGUUUAUUUGAGUGAUCGCUUUUAAGUGUUGUAAAGUUAAGUGUGUUAAUUCAUCGUAGUGUUUUUUAAAGAUCCUAAACUCAUUCCAAAGACAGCAUGUCUAAAACAGAGAAGUCAUUUCCGAGAAACUUCACAGGAUGUCUAACAUGCGUUCAAGUGUUAAACAUUAUGGUGCUCCUCGGCUUCAUGCUGAACUACGCGCUACGAGUGAACCUGACCAUCGCCAUCGUCGAAAUGAUCUUACCGACCGCCAACGCUACCAAUGUGACCGACACGGCCAAUGUUACAGACAUGUUCAAUGUCACUGAGCAUCCACACAGAGAGCAGACCCGUUACCAAUGGGACACGACGCAGAAGAACAUGCUGCUCGGUUGCUUCUUCUGGGGCUACGUGCUGACAGAACUACCAGGAGGGCGGCUUGCUGAAAUCAUUGGGGCAAGACGAGUGUUCGGCUACAGCACCCUACUAGCCAGCAUCCUCACUCUCCUGAGCCCUGGCGCUGCUGCUGCAGGCUUCGGAUGGAUUGUUGCCCUUCGAGUACUCCUGGGCUUUUUACUGGGAGCUACAUGGCCCGCCAUCCUGCCUAUGGUUUCGAAGUGGAUCCCGCCAAUGGACAGAUCCAAGUUUAUGUCUAAUAUGAUGGCGUCGUCUUUGGGUGCUGCCAUGACUAUGCCGAUUUGCGGGUUUCUCAUCGCUCAUCUUGGGUGGGAAUCUUCCUUCUAUUUCACUGGGAUAAUCGGGCUGAUGUGGUCUCUGGCGUGGUUCGCUGUUGUAUACGACUCUCCCGCCGAACAUCCCCGCAUCUCAGACACUGAGAGAAACUACCUCUUGAAGGUUCUUCCUCAAGACGACAAUGCGAAGAAAGGACACCAGCCCGUCCCCUGGUGCCAGAUGCUGACCUCCCCUCCCGUCUGGGCCAUCAUCAUCACCCACGGCUGCUCGGUCUUCGGAUACUUCACCGUCGUCAACCAACUACCCACUUACAUCGAGAGCAUUCUGCACUACAGCAUCAAACACAAUGGCCUGCUAUCCUCCCUGCCCUACCUGGGCAAAUAUCUAUGCGCGCUCGCUUCAUCCGUGCUGGCAGACAGUCUUCGCCGAAGCGGCAGGCUAUCCACAACAUCAGCCAGGAAGCUGUUCACCGGCUUCGCUGUUGGACUACCCGGGGUCCUAAUGGUUGCCCAAGCUUUCUUCGGCCACGACCGAGUAUGGUCAGUUGCCAUCUUCACCAUCGCUCUCACCAUCAACGGAGCGGUGACCGCCGGUUAUCUCGGGAAUGGGCUUGACAUCGCUCCAAACUUCAGUGGAACCAUUUUCGGGAUGGCGAACACGUUGUCAUCCCUCGGAGGAUGGCUGUCUACCUUCAUGGUCGGAGAACUUACCAAAGAACAUAACACGUACGCGCAAUGGCAGAUAGUAUUCUUCAUCCUCGCGGGCGUGUACGUAGUAGGUGCUCUCAGUUUCAUCAUUUUUGGCUCCGGAGAGCUCCAGCCCUGGAACGCGCGCCAGCAAAUAAAGGAGCAGGAACCUCUGAAUGAUACGGAGAAAGCUGAGAAAGCGUGAGGCGUAAAUUCUUAUUAAAAAAAAAAAGUUGUAUAUCUCACACACUGAAAUGAUAGUCCAAUUGGUCAAUUUACUGUAUUUUGGUCCAAUUUUGUGAGUCGUUUUCGCAUUUGGGAUGUGAAACAAAUCAGGUUUUUUAGCGAGACAGUGGUUGCAGUGAAUCCGAAACUUGAAAUCAUCUAAGACGGGCGCAUUAAUGAUUAGGUCUGAACCUGGUUUUGGAAGUCGAUUUAUCAGCAAGGAACACUAAAAACCACUUAUUAUUAGUAAAUGCAACUCUUUUAUAUUUGCAAAAAUAAUACUUACCUUAAUUUCCAAUUGUAUCUUGGUUUUAGUAAUUCAUAGACCACUUUUUCGCUAAGACACUUAAUGGCAUUAAAGGGAUUAUUUUUGAAAUCAAUAAUUUAAUCAAAAAAGUUACAUUCAUGUUAAUACUUUACAUUUUAUUAGUCUGAAUACUUUUUUUGCAAUUACGUAGUUUACUUCAAACUUUUAACAAAAUAAAAAAUAGUCCUAUUAAAUAACUCAUUAUUUACUAUGUUAGCAAUCAUUUUAUAUGUGUUUUUGUAAUAAUCUCUUUAAUUCUAAAGCUUAAAAGAAUCGUUUAAAGUGAAGUUUUGUUUUAACACUUUUAGAACGGGAAUUCUCUUUAAACGUAUUCAAAUUUUGAUUAUAUUUUGUCAAAUCAAAAUAUUCGAUCGAUUAAAAUCAAGCGUAAGAAAAUGUUCUCACCAUUACAAAAAUGGCCAUUGAACCAUUGAUUGCAAAGAUGGUAGCAACAUUUUCUGAGCUGAAUGAGAAAAAAGGAAAAACUCAAAAAAAGGCUGUUAAGUAUAAGAAUGUGAUGUAUUUAUUUACUUCCCGGCUAGCGCGGUGAACUACGCAUGCUUAGUCCUUUAUGCGACCAACACACUGUCAAUAUUACUGUCAAUAUUUAUUGCAAAAUAGGCACUGAAAAAUACCUACUCCUUAAAUUACAUGGUCCAUAGUUUUUUAAGAUGAACUCGAUUUAAAAAAAAAAGUCUUAAGUAACUACUGGGCCAAAUAAAAACAUCGAUCCAUCUUACUUAUAGUAUAAUACUAUUCUAAAUUACAUUUAACUUGUGAUCUAGCAUGAACAGUUGAAGACUAUUUUUUUUUCGAAGUGUUUGGUCGCUUAGAGGACAUUCGUUCAUAUGGAACCCGACUCAUUGUAAAAAUGAUUAUUUAAAUAGUUAGCUAAGGCACGAACAAGUAGUAUACAUAUUUGCCCUAAUACGCAUUACCCUAUUCGAUGUAUCAUGGUAAAAAAAGUACUAAAGUCGUAGAAGUUAGAAUUUUCUUUAAACUAUAGACAUCAUUUGGCGUGAAAAAUUGUUCAAAUAUUGAAAACCUACAACCAUUACAUUUCGUCACUACUUUGAAAAGAAAAAGUAUCUUCAAUCAAUGAAAAGACAAGUGUAGUAACUACGUAUAAGAUACUUUGAGUAUAAUCGAGUUCAUAAAUAUGUGUACAUUUCUUCACCUUAACUCUAUGCAAGGUAGGUGCGUUACGUUGCGUACCUACCUUGGUGGUAUAAAGGUAUGUUACGUAUUUAUAAACUCGACCUAGCAUUAUACGAGAUUUUUCAAAGUAGUGACGAUUUGCAAUACUUGUCAAGAGUCUAUGAAAUAAAACUUAAUUUUUCAUGAUAUAUCGUAUAUUAGUAGGUUUUGCAAACUUAGUUCUGUAAUAGCAGUUUUCUAUUUUUAACUGAUUUAAUUUUGACACGUCAAAAUGAACUGAUAGGUUAAAAGGAAGCUGUGGGGACCAAACGGGGCGAACUAUGUGCUUGCGUACGGAUAAUAAGUAUUUUGUAUAUUAACUAUUAUUUAUUUAGCUGCAUCCUGUAAGUUCAUAGUUAAUGUGGUGUAACUGAGCUUGCUAGCAUUUAUAUGUGUUAUUUAAACAUAGAAAAAUUAUGUGAAAUAUUAUUUUUUACAGAACGUUUGUCAAUGUUAUUUGUGGAACUUUUUAUUUCACACUAGUUUGGCAUUCUAAAGCUCGAAUAUAUAUGCAAUUAUUCGAAAUAAUUAUUGAUAACAGCCCGACAAAAAAGUUAAAAUUAAAAAGCGUAACAUCACAGUGUCGUAACUCUUUUGGAAAGGACCUACGAUGUUGCCAUUUUUUAAUUUCCACUUUUUUUGUCAGGCUGUACUCAUCUUGCAAAAUUUUCUCUCUCUUGAAUUUUUAAUCUUAUUAGUUAUGUAGAAAACGAGCAACAAAUGUUUUACCAAUGCAAAAAGCACCGUUGGUCGUUUUCUACAGAACCACGGUAAUUUCUCUUCAGCAAGCAAGCCCCCAGUUACACUGUCCAUAGACAAGUCUCGUUACUUUUACCGUAAGACGUAGAUUUAAGAUUAAGCCAUGUUUGAACUAGCUUUAUUACAAGGGAAGAUGCAUUGCGUUUGCAUUUCUACAGCUGUGAUAAAGAGGUUUGUCUAUGGCAUAUUUUUUCUCUAGAAUAUUCUAUAUUGAGGGUGGAGGUAAGGAGAACAUUGUAAGAAAAAAGUGACCGUCAAAUAUGUUCAAUAGGUGGCUUCACAGUAUCUAGAAUAAUGAUGACAUGACAGUGUGCUUCACUCUGUCAAUAACUAAGUUCAUUUCUGGCUUUCCACCUGAGAACUUUAUGUUUUAUCUGCAAUAAUAAUCAUUUAUCGUAUUUGAAGCAUAAGUUUUCCUAUGUUAGUGGACUCUGGAGACAUUUAGAACUGUUAUUUAUAUUCCAUUUGCAACUUUUCUUAUUUAAGACGUAUUUCUCCUUACUUCUACCUUCCAUAAUUUUGUGCGGUCUCUACUAUGAACGGACUGUUUAAUCGGUUUUGUGACGGCUACAAGCAGUUCCUAAAUUACGAACAGUAUUUGGAUAUGGUUUAGUCGAAUUUUAUUUUUCGAAUGUCUUCUCCAUAGACAAGAUUCAUCCUUCCAACUGUUGCAGGGUAAAUAAAUCCAUAGAGUACAUUAAACACAAAAUAGUUUUAAUAGUAGGUAUUUUAUAUUUUGUCUAUGGAGAUAUGUAGUUGUUUUUAAUUUUAAGAAUUUCUCUUUUGUAACUAAUUUAAUAGUUUGUAUUUGUAAAAACUCGUUUGAAUUUUGUUUUAAGAUAUAAUACUGAAUCGUACCAUUUUUAAACAUAUACAUUUCAUCCAGUUUUAUGGACAUUUUUAACAAUUUUAAUAUUUACAUAUUCCUAACAUUUUCAAAUGUUGUAGGAAAUUAGUAUUUAUAUAAAAUUCCAUUUCUUAUUAUUUUAUUCGAAUAUGACAUGAAUGUUUGGCAAUAAUUCAAUAUGUAUUAUUGUAUGUUUGUAUGUCUGUGACGACUUCGGUUGAAUGAGCACGCUGCAAGUAUUUAUCAUAUUAGUGCAUGUGGAAGAUUCUGAAUACUUAUUGUUUUGUCUUUUAUGACAGCUAUGUAAUGUCAGCCAGUUUAUUUGAAAAUAAAAGUUCAUAUAAAAUGA